ACUAAAAGUUGUAAAUGUGUUUGUUAAACCGUAUGUUGAAAACUUAAAUGAUUAUGCCAUUGUCCCAUUUUAUCACCAAUACCAUUGAUAACGUGUUUUUAAAGGAAAAACCAUCCCAAGAUUGUUACAGCGACAAGAAAAAACACUGCGUUUCUGCUCGCUCCAGCUGCCCUUUUCCUCCACCCCGGUGCAGCUUAAAAAAGGUUUCAGGAUUUCGUAAGCCAAUACCAGUAUGGCAGUAUCACGAGAUAUGUACCUGACUCUCGAAUUUGGAGGUGGAUUGGAACUUCUUUGCGAUUCUGAGAGGAUACAUAAAAUCUGCAUUACACCUGAAGAUGGUGGGAAAAAGGUCACAAUGAAAUAUUUGCUCUCUUGGGUUUGCAAGAAUUUGAUCAAGGAGAGGCCUGAAAUGUUUAUUAAGGGAGACACUGUGAGGCCAGGAGUCUUAGUCCUCAUCAAUGAUAUAGAUUGGGAACUUAAUGGGCAGCUUAAUGCUGUGUUAGAAGAUAAAGAUGUCAUCAUUUUCAUUUCAACUCUGCAUGGGGGAUAAGUAUGAAGCCUUUCCAAAAUUCCAACUUCUUUUUGUCUUCCGCUUUUGUUAUUGACGUGUAUCAAUGAAGUUUGAUUUUAGAAAAGAAAUAUUUUCUUACCUUUCUCUUUGCUGGUGUAAAAUAAAGUUCUUGAAUGCGUAAGUAGUUCAAAUGUUCAUUAUGUGCUACUUAAAGUAUUUACGUUUGGUGAUCAGUAUUCUUAGGUUUACUCCAAAUUUGCAUUUGUAUUAUAAAAGAACCUUAACUACUGUUGCUGCAAAGGCAACUUGGCAAUUUGAUGUCAUCAUGAACAUGGAUCAUGAUCAUGAUAAUCAUCACAUCAUAAUAAAAUGUAGAAAUUAUC